CUAGCCAUCUUGGCCCUCGAGAUAUUAUUUCUACAUUAUAUUUUGCUUUCACGUCUCAGGCAGUUAUAUAUACGUUGCGAAAAUACUGACCAAUAUUUCUGAAACAUCCCGAGUUGCUCCAGCAGUCCCCCUCAGCCCUCUAAAGGGUGUAUAGAAAGGUAUAGUCUUUGGAUUAUGGCUGGCCAGAGGAAUGAUUACGGGAAGAGAAUGCAUUCUCAAUCUGAAUAUUCAGCAAAUGAGGGGAGUAAGAGAAGGAAUCCAAAUGAGGAAAAGGAAAGCAAUGCCAUUGGACCUGAGGAUACGGUUUAUAGAUACUUAUGCCCCUUGAGAAGAAUUGGAAGUAUUAUUGGAGUAGGUGGGGACAUUGCCAAGCAAUUAAGGGCUGAAACUCAUGCUAAGAUUAGGAUUAGUGAGAUGAUACCAGGGUGUGAGGAACGUGUGGUUACUAUUUAUAGUUCUAGGGAGGAGACUAAUAGCUUUGGAGACGAUGGCGAUCUAAUCUCUCCAGCACAAGAUGCUCUUUUUAAGGUGCAUGAGAGGGUUGUUGCUGAAGAGGUGCCUAUAGAUGAUGAGUUGGAGGCAUCUCAGCAGGUGACAGUCCGGCUGCUUGUGCCUUCAGAUCAGAUAGGUUGUGUGAUUGGAAAAGGUGGACAGGUAGUCGAGAAUAUACGCAAUGACUCAGGUGCUCAAGUUCGCAUCUUAAGCAGUGAACAUCUGCCUCCUUGUGCUCUGAGUUCAGAUGAAUUAAUCCAGAUUGUUGGGGAAACAUAUGCUGUUAAGAAAGCUCUUUAUCAAGUAGCUUCUCGUCUUCAUGAUAAUCCAUCACGGUCACAGCAUCUUCUUCUUUCUUCAGCAAGCAUUUACCGAUCUGGCAGUGGAUUAGUCAAUCCAGGUGUUGGUGCGCCACUGAUUAGUUCAUUAGUGGGUCCUUAUAGGGGUUAUAAAAGUGCUGGAGCGGACCACUCCACAUCUGUAAAGGAAUUUUCUCUUCGUUUGGUAUGCCCUAAUGAGAAUGUUGGAGCUGUGAUUGGAAAGGGUGGUGGUAUCAUUAAGCAAAUAAGACAGGAAUCCGGUGCAUCCAUUAAGGUGGAUACAUCUGUUGCUGAAGGAGAUGAAUGCAUGAUAUCUGUAUCAGCAAAAGAGACUUUUGAAGAUGCAUCACCUACAAUUGACGCAACAAUGCGCUUGCAGCCACGAUGCAGUGAGAAAACCGAUAAGGAAUCUGAUGAUCCUGUAGUUACUACCCGUCUUCUUGUACCUAGCUCUAGGAUUGGCUGCCUUAUUGGUAAAGGUGGAGCUAUUAUUAAUGAAAUGAGAAGUGCCACAAGAGCAAGCAUCCGCAUUCUUUCUGAGGAAAAUCUUCCCAAAGUUGCAUCUGAAGAUGAUGAGAUGGUCCAGAUCACUGGAGAUCUAAAUGUUGCAAGCACUGCCUUGUUACAAGUUCUUCUGCGCUUGAGGGCCAAUUUAUUUGAGAUGGAGGGAGCUUUAGCUGCAUUUCCACCAGCCGUUCCAUAUGUUCCAUUAUCCAUGGAUGCAGCUGAUGGUCCAAAGCAUGGCAACCGUGAUCAUAAGUCACAUAAUCAUGGAUAUUCAACUUACUCUGGGGGAUAUGAUUCCAAGAACUUGGUACAGCAGAGUGAAAGUUAUGGUGUAUAUGGUAGUCCUCAGAUUGGUGGUAGAAGUGGUGGCUAUGGAGCAUAUGGAAUUUACUCUGGUCGAUCCAGUGGUGGAUCUGGGUUGUCUAGCCAUAACCCUGGUUCACACGGGAAAUCUUAUGGUCAUUGAGUGCCUGGUUCUCAGGGCGCGUACAGGUAGAACCUGAUCUCCCUCUUCUGAACAUCAAUUUUUUCCUUCUAAACAUGUUCAGUACAUAAAUCUAUCUUUGUAUCUGGAAAUGAACUGCCUAUGUUCUCUUCGUCGCUUAAAAUAGCCCCCACCCUGUACUUGGAUUCUAAUACACUUUUCUUUUUACCUUUCCUCCCUCUCAACUAAAACAGCUAUGAUCUAUGAUGCCUGAAGCCAGCCUAUUGCCCUUUUGAUGAUGCCUCCAGCCUAAGACCUGAAGACCAGACGAAGAUGAUAUGAGAAAUUUGUGUUCAAACAUGCCCCUAGCUUUGUUACUUUCUUUAGAGACAACCUAUUAGAUCUUUUGUGGCUUUGUACCCAGAAUACCGAGCUUUGUAUUUUCUGCUUUUCCAAACAAGUAUAGUUGGUUAAAACUUUUGAACUUUAUUUGCAACACAGUUUGGUUACCUACAAAACCUAUAUGAACAGUGUCUAUAGUUGUUUGCUGUUGUGAAGAUUAUGAAUUUUGCUUGGAUAUACUGGAUUUUUAUGUUAUUGUGAAGCCAGGUUCUGGAAUGCCUGUUUCUCUGGCCUAGAAAUGUUAAACUACAGGUUUCCAAGGAGAGAAGCAUACCCACAUAUCUCAUUUGAUUAUGUCCAUUAUAUUGCUGUGGUGGGGAAUGCGCCAUAAGGAUUCAGCGUAAUGUACUGAACUGUUUUGAACUUUGAUAUUGCAGCUUAUCUUCUGCUGAAGUUGAUAACGAUUCAGUACAGGACCAUGUAGGACAAGGUAAAGGUAUUUCAGGUAGUACAUUUUUACAAGUUAGAGGGCUGCUUUCUCCGCAAGAUAACCAAGUCGAUUAAAGAUUGUGCAUCACAAAUAUCCAAGUGUUCGUAUUUGCAGCGUUGGCUCAAAAAAAAAAAAAAAGAAUACAUGAUGGAUGUUGACUUGCCAAAGUGUGGAGUGACAACAGUGGGUAUUUCAGUGACUAUAAAGUGGGUAUGUAAGUUUGGGGUUCUGCAUUUUUCUGUAUGUUAUUACUCUACUGGCUUCUUAGGACAGAUGUGCAUUAGAGAUAUAAAUUAGUUUUACAUGUUCUCCUCCAUUAUUAUAAUCCCUUCUUCCUUGUUGAGCAACUGAAGCUGAGCUUUCUUCUUCUGCAAUGUGCCACAAGGAUGAAGUUGUAAUCUAGGAAUGGUUUCGGUUUUGUGAGUUGGAAAAUCAUCUUCACAUUCUAAUCUGAGUCCGUUAGAGUUGCUUUGUUUUGUGGGAAUAGCAAAAUUGAAUCCUGUAGGAAGAAUGAAUUUUGGCUAAGGGUCAUAGCUGGUGGUCCUUUCUCUUGCUAAGAGGUUUAAAUGAGAAGGUUUCUAUUAUUC